CUAAGGCAGGUCACUCCUUAGAGUAGAGCCAGUCCAACCCUUCCAGCAACCAUGACCUACAAUGGCACUUGGAAAGUAGACCGCAGCGAGAACUAUGAGAAAUUCAUGGAGCAGAUGGGUGUCAACAUGGUCAAGAGGAAGCUGGCCGCUCACGAUAACCUCAAGAUCACCCUUGAACAAACUGGAGACAAGUUUGUCGUGAAGGAGGCCAGUACUUUCCGCACGCUGGAUAUGGAAUUCACCCUGGGAGUCACCUUUGAGUAUGCCCUUGCAGAUGGGACAAUGCUAUCAGGUUCAUGGGGCAUGGAAGGAGACAUGAUGAAAGGUACAUUCACCAGAAAGGACAAUGGAAAGGUGCUGACAACUACCAGAGCCAUUGUUGGAGAGGAACUUGUACAGAGCUAUAGCUAUGAUGGAGUCGAAGCCAAGAGAAUUUUCAAGAGGGGUUAGAGGAAACCGAUCAACCAAUCCAACCACUAAGACCAAGA